AUGUUCCGCGGGCUGAUCGAAAACAUCUUGGUUCCCGUGAAGAACGCCCUGGAAGCCGCUAAGCUGUUUCCGCAGGAUAUCAGCAAGGUCAUCUUGGUGGGUGGCAGUAGCCGGCUGCCUGUAGUUAAGGAGACGUUGGAGAAGUUUUUCGGUCGGGACGGGGUGGUGUGUGCGGACGCCGAUCCGGAUGAAGCCAUUGCGCGGGGCGCGGCAAUGCAGUCGUAUCGCAUAAACAACCGGCAAGCGACAACUGUCCAUGAGAUCACCGCCUACCACUACGGAUUGGAGAUAGUGGACAAACAGCGACCGGGACAUAUGCGUAUCCUUGACCUGAUUCCCCGAGGAAAAGCAGUAAGCGGAUUCCAUCUCGACAAAUUCCGCAUCGGCCAGUUUGUUAUGUCUGAUCUGCCCCCGCGGAAGGCAGGCGAGUGCCAGUUUGAUGUGACAUACAGCAUCGAUCGCAAUAACAUCCUGCAUGCAGCGGCGCAGGGAAAGGGCGACAUUUCCCAGUAUAAGAAGGAUAUCGACAUCAAACUGGAUAAUGUUGUGUGA